AUGCCGCCGAAGAGAAUCAACACCGAUGAUGGCCCUCCACGCAUUUCGCAUUCGCGCGACUCGUCGAGUGGCAGCGUUCGACACGCGCAUGCUCCCGCCACUCCCAGUCAAUUGCGACAAGCACAUGCCCCGUCAGAUCGCUCGAGCUCGCCGGAAGACGUCAUGCAUCACCAGCGAUACUACGAUGAAGAACAACAGCCCUCGAGCGGUGACGCGCCUUAUGACCUCGAAUUCUCCACAGAUGGCAUGCAGCCCCCGCUCGACGGUGCGUCUGCCCACUCCAUCCCCGAGGACGCCGUGAACCAGCAGAGUGGCAUCAUAGAGAUUGACCUCGAGCCGACUGCACGCACGCGGCUGCUGGCGCAGCAAGGCUCAGACGGUGUUCAGGGGCGACCAGGUGUCCAGCGAAAUUAUGGAAGUUUUGCAGGAAGCAUACAUUCCGAUACUAGCUUCGGGGGCGUGUUUCCGGGAGGUACAGGCACACCAGACAGCGACACGAGCGACGCUGCGCGUGCGCUUUUGGGUGGUGCGUCCGCCCGCGGCGGUGUGAACAGUAGUGGGAAAAAGAAGAGUACCACGAGUUGGCUGGCCGAACUUCACGCGAUAUGCAAGCAGGCAUUGGCUAACAGCUUCAGGUACCUCAAGUAUUACAUCCCCCUCCUCAACUGGACGCAGCAGUACAAAUGGCGAUAUCUGAAAGGAGACCUGGUUGCAGCUAUCACCAUGGCAUCCUUCUACAUACCCAUGGCUCUAUCGUAUGCCUCCAACCUCGCACACGUGCCACCAGUACACGGCCUUUACAGCUUCGCCCUGAACCCCUUGAUCUACGCAAUUCUCGGCACCUGUCCACAGAUGAUUGUCGGACCCGAGGCGCCAGGUUCGCUGCUGGUGGGCGAAAUCGUACGUGAGAACAUCAAGAAGGGCACAACUGGGGACAAUGAUGGUCGACGGAAUGCUGAGAUCGCUGGUAUCGUGACGUGUCUCGCUGGCGCCUUCAUUCUGGUAGCGGGCUUCUUCAGACUCGGCUUCUUGGACAACGUUCUCAGCAGACCCUUCUUGCGAGGCUUCAUUAGCGCCAUUGGUGUGGUCAUCUUUGUCGACCAGCUCAUUCCUCAGAUGGGUCUGGCGAGGCUCGCGGCUGACCAAGUCUCUCAUGGAAGCACCAUCGACAAGGUCGUCUUCCUCUUCCGCAACAUCGGACGAGCUCAUGGCUUGACCUGCGCCAUGUCCUUUACUGCCUUUGGUGUCAUCAUAGAAUUUAAGAAGCGCCUACAGCCACGCUACCCGAACGUUGCGUAUAUACCGGACCAUUUCGUCGUAGUCGUUCUUUCGGCUAUUCUGACCUGGAAAUACAAUCUCGACCAGAAAGGUCUUGCUGUGCUGGGCGAUGUCAACUCCAGCGGCGGUAAAAUUUUUGCCAUCCACUUCCCGUUCGAAACCUCGCACUUGAAGUAUGCAUCGGACGCCAUCAACACUUCGCUCAUCAUAGCGUUGCUAGGUUUCUUCGAAUCCUCGGUAGCAGGAAAGUCGCUGGGAGGCGGCGACCACAACAAGGACGGUGUCGUUAUGCCUAUUAGUGCAAACCGCGAGCUGAUUGCUCUUGGAACUGCAAACAUCACUGGAGGCUUGUUCAUGGCUCUUCCUGCCUUCGGGGGUUAUGGCCGAUCGAAGGUGAACGCUUCAACUGGCGGUCUGACGCCGAUGAGCUCCAUCUUCCUCUCCAUUAUCACCAUUCUCUGCACAGUUUUCAUGCUACCAUACUUUUACUUCCUACCCAAGGGUGUCCUCUGCGCCAUGGUUUCGGUUGUAGCCUACUCCCUGGUUGAGGAAGCACCCCACGAUAUCAAGUUCUUCUUGCGUAUUCGCGGCUGGUCCGAACUCGUCCUGAUGGGUCUGAUCUUCUUCAUCACCAUCAUUUGGGACCUGAAGCGCGGUAUUGGUGUCGGCAUUGGACUCUCCCUUCUCCGCCUGAUUCGUCACUCCGUCCGUCCACGCAUUCAAAUUCUUGGUCGCGUACCUGGCACAACGAAUCACUUUACCAAUGCCGAGCACGAGCCCGAGAGUGUGGAGUUCGUCGAGGGCUGUCUUAUCGUCAAGAUACCCGAACCACUUACCUUCGCCAACACCGGAAGUCUGAAAACACGUCUUGGUCGCCUCGAGGACCACGGUACGGGUAGAGCUCACCCCGCGCUUCCUCGCGUGCGUCGCGCAGAACACAAUAAGAACAUCAUCUUCGAUGUUCACGGUGUCACAUCGCUCGACGGUGCGGGUGCGCAAGUCCUCGCUGAGAUUGUCCAGUCUUACAGGAAUCGCGAUGUCCGCGUGUUCUUUUGCAGAGUACCGAGUGAGCGCAGUCCAGUGUAUAAGCUAUUCGAAAGUAGCGGCAUUGUAGAGAUGUGUGGUGGAAGCAGGCAUUUCGUCAAGAGCGUUGAAGAAGCGCUCAGGAUGACUGAACUUGAACGUCUUACGGAGGAAUAUGGAAGCGAGGCUGGGAGCUCGCGAGGUGUGAGUAGCGCGAUAGCAUAG